AUCGAACACGUGACCAUUAAGCGGAGCCGACCAAAAUCCCAAACAAGGAAAUGGUGGGGUAAUAAAACGAUCGGAUCAUUUAAUUAAUGCAUGUAAUAAUUAAUAUUUUAUUUUAUUGUAAAUUAAGAAAUAUUUAUGGGUUAAAAUGGACCACGACUUCAAAACGAAGCUCGCCGCCGAGAGGGAAAGAGUGGAAGAUCUGUUUGAAUAUGAAGGUUGUAAAGUGGGUCGCGGCACAUACGGGCAUGUUUAUAAAGCGAAGCGUAAAGACGGGAAGGAUGAGAAGGAGUAUGCACUGAAACAGAUAGAAGGCACUGGUAUUUCCAUGUCUGCCUGCAGGGAAAUCGCUUUGCUGAGAGAGUUAAAACAUCCAAAUGUCAUCGCCCUGCAGAAAGUAUUUCUCUCUCACAGUGACCGCAAAGUCUGGCUCCUCUUUGACUAUGCAGAGCAUGACCUGUGGCACAUCAUAAAAUUUCAUCGAGCAUCAAAGGCCAACAAGAAACCCAUGCAGCUACCGAGGGGAAUGGUGAAGUCUCUGCUUUACCAAAUCUUAGACGGCAUCCAUUACCUGCAUGCCAACUGGGUCCUGCACAGAGAUCUGAAACCUGCCAAUAUCCUGGUCAUGGGGGAAGGCCUAGAACGAGGAAGAGUCAAAAUUGCUGAUAUGGGUUUUGCCCGACUGUUUAACUCUCCACUGAAGCCUUUGGCUGAUCUGGACCCAGUGGUUGUCACAUUCUGGUACCGAGCACCCGAACUACUGCUCGGGGCGAGACAUUACACCAAAGCAAUCGAUAUUUGGGCAAUAGGCUGUAUCUUUGCAGAGCUGUUGACGUCAGAACCAAUUUUUCAUUGCCGUCAAGAGGACAUAAAGACCAGCAAUCCUUUCCAUCACGACCAGUUAGAUCGCAUAUUCAGUGUCAUGGGCUUCCCAGCAGAUAAAGACUGGGAAGAUAUCCGGAAAAUGCCAGAAUAUCCGACCCUACAGAAAGAUUUCAGAAGAACCACAUAUGCCAACAGCAGUCUUAUCAAAUAUAUGGAGAAACAUAAAGUCAAACCAGACAGCAAAGUGUUUCUAUUGCUCCAGAAAUUGCUGACUAUGGACCCCACCAAAAGAAUCACUUCUGAGCAGUCACUGCAGGACCCAUAUUUCCUGGAGGACCCCUUACCUACAUCUGAUGUAUUUGCAGGAUGUCAGAUUCCCUACCCCAAACGAGAGUUUCUAAGUGAGGAUGAACCAGAGGAGAAAACGGAGAAGAAUCAGACGCAGCAGCAUCAGCAGACAGCUGCACAGACGCAGACACAAAUGCAGACACAACAGGCUCCAACACAGCAGAGCUCAGCGCAGACAAAUGGCACAUCAGGCACUGCAGGGGCCAACACGGGCACCUCCAUACAGCAUGGACAGGAACAGGGGCCACCCAACAAAAAACCUCGCACCUCAGGAACCAGUGUUCUUCAAACAGACUACCAGCACUCCAGCUCACGGCUUGGAUACCAGAGCAACGUUCAAGGCUCCACCCAGUCUCAAAGCACUAUGGGAUACUCGUCCUCAUCUCAGCACUCUCAUCAGUCUCAUCGAUACUGAGACUCAAAAACAUACAUAAGCACUUAAAAUAAAUAUUAACCACAAGCAUAAAACCAGGCAAGUCAGUGUUGUCAUUCAAAUAAAUUUCUGGGUCGGUCCUGUAAUAUUGCCCCAAUAUAAACAUAGAAUCCAAGUUUAUUACCUUACAAAGCCUCCUGCCAUCCCACAAUUCUCAGAAAAUGCUACUCCAACCAAAGCACAACUUUACAAUCUCUUUCUUUCAAUCAGAGCUCCUCUGAAGAACAAGAGCCAAAAUCAUCAAUCAAAAUGUUGUUUUCCUCAAACUCUCAACAGUUUUUCAAUACAUUAAAACAUCCACCAGCUCCAAAAUCAACAAUACCUAAAGGUCUGCUGUCUGUUUAGCAUCUUACUCUAGCUUACUCAUUUUUAUUUCAACAACUGUUAGACCAAAACUGUCUCAAAAUGAUCAGCCAAAUGCUGUUCAGGUCAUAGCUACAGAUAGAAGUGACAUGAGGAUUGUUACAAUGGCUCAUAAAGCUGUUUCCCACUGACUGACACCAAAAAUAUUUCAUUUCAUCAUAGCUACCAAAUCUCACCCUCUUCCAGUUUUCCAGUGACAAGUAACUGAUGCAUGACGUGACACAGAUGUGAUGUACAGUCAUGAGGAAAAGGAUUUUGGACCAGUGAGUUGUGAGGUUGCAUUGAUAGGACACAAGGUUCCAGUUCAUGGAAUAAUUAUGGAUAUGUGCAAUGCUGUAUCUGUCCUUUUGGGCCUACAACUGAAAAUUGACUAGUGGGACAGCAGACUAAUGCAGUAACAGUAAAACAAUCCAAAAUUGUACAUCACUGAUUGCACCUAAACCCUUUCUGAGAUUCCCCUUAUGCCAACCCUGAAGCAGAGCAAAUAGAAACAUCUACGGUAUAUAAGCAACUAUACAUAGAAACCGAAAUCCGCUCUUAUCUUUUUCCUCCUCUUUCCCAGUAAAGGGAGCUGCCUGCAUGUACGGACAGUCGAGCAGAGACUGGAUUUGUGUAACAUAUGUGUGCAUAUUUUAAAAACUGAACAAAGAGCAUCUCUCAUAGCUAUCAUGCACCACUGCAUUAUUACACAUAUCUUCUUUAGUUGUGUAAGAGUUUUUUAUUUUAUUUUAUUUUUUUGUAGUAAAGUAUACACUCACACAAUAUACUUUUCAUCUCUUUUUUGCAUUAGUUAUAAUAACAACCAAUAAAAAUAACAUCUGCUAUCGAAAACAAGGACAUGGUUUACUAUUUUUCUUUUUUGAUAAAGGACAUAUUUUAGGAUAUUGGUCAGGACUAAAAUCCCUAAAUCUGGGUGUGCGCGUGCGUGGAUAUACUUGCAUGUGUGUGAAUAUCCAGGGCAGCUAGCAGUUGAACUGCUUCUGUGACUGUUAUUUCUUGUCUCCUUUUUGUGUUUUAUAGGCUUUUAUAAUUUGUUUAUUGUUGGUUAUUGUUUUGAAGUGCAGUUAUUUCUUUGUGUGAUUUGAGCUCGGUUUGUGGACUGGAAGUGAGAGUUCUUUCAGAGCACUGGAUCAAACAAGGACAACUGAUGCACUCCUCUGACAUAAAGUUGGAUAUCUCAUCAGGCAAAGCUGGAGACUUCAGCUGUGUUUAUUACAGGUGUUUGAAACACUUAAACUUUGCAGUGUGUUAGACAUCUGCGAGUCAUUUCUGUUGCAGCUUGGUGGAAUUUAGAAGCUCAAACAGGUUUCUAAGGAAAUCUUGGAGCUUGAGUCUUUCGAUGUCUCUUGCUUUAAACUUUAUGAAAGUGAGUCAGUUUAAAAUACCCUGAAGGAUAAUGUUACAUGCAAGUGUAUUGCAGUCACCCAGCAUGAAUUGUUGAGACUGACAGCUUUUUUAAGAUUUUAACCAAAAUGUCUGCAGAACUAAUGUAGCUAAUGGUCAGUUUCUGCCAUCAUACUCAUGGGUUUCUCUUCUGUCCUAUCUUAACAUUCCAUGUUUUUCUGUAAUGUGCUUUGUAUUUCUGGCAAAAGUCAUCAAAAGCUAGUGUUAUUUCACAAUUUUUCUACCCCCUGUUCUGAGUUUCUUCACACAUCAAAGUGAGGUGUACAGUUGGGUGGGUCAAAAUAUUUGAGACCAAAUCUGAGAAUCUUUUUUUUUUUUUUUAAAGCCUAGAUAUUAUAUGAAUAAAGGUUUAUGAUUGAAAAAAUUGGUUGUGACAAAGUAUAAAUAUAUAAGAUUCUGCACUUUCUAGGUUGCCAAUGAAAAGAUUAGUUUUUUUUUUGGGGGGGGGGGGGGGGUGGCUCUCUUAAAGGCACACGUGUUGUUUUUAGAACAUUCUCAAUCAUGCCAUUUAACAUGGGUAGAUUUUAUGUUGCGUAGCAGAAGAAAUGUACUUUUUUUUUCUUGUUCACUUUUUAAAUGUAAAUUGUUAUGCCAGUUAUUUAAUAUAUGAUGACAGUUUUUUUUUUUUUUUUGUCUUUCUUUUUUUCUUUUUAUUAGAAUAAAAAAAGCAUUUUCAAUAUUGUUCUUAGACUUUUGGGGACUGCUGUUCAAAAUUUCUGAUAUUUAUAAUCUUGAACUAUAGGAUACAGAGGGGGUGGAUUUUUGAGGAGUAUUACCAGCCACCAUUGACUGAAAUAAUGAUUUGUUUCAUAUCAUGUUGUUUAUUUCAUCAUAAUAAGAGGAACAAUGUUGUACAAUGUAGAAGUUGGUGCAUAUCAUAUUUGAUGUCAUAUCUUUAGUGUAAUAGUGUUUUAACUUCUCGCCUGUUUUAUUAAUUUUUCCCAAAAUUCUGAGCAGAAUCAACUGAGAAUGCAAAUAACAAAAUAAAUAAUGACAAACA